UGCCUCAGGUUGGGCCGGGCCCGGCUGCCAUCUUGGCCGAGGGACGGAGCAGCUGCUGCGCCGCCGAGCCCGAUUCAAGAUCCAGCCCCUGUUAUGGCUGGCAGUGGGUCCAGAUCAGGACCAUCCAGUGGCUUGUCCAUGAAAUCACAGCUUCAGAUCACUGUGAUUUCAGCAAAACUGAAAGAAAAGAACAAAUGGUUUGGCCCUAGCCCUUAUGUGGAGGUCUCAGUGGAUGGGCAAUCAAAGAAGACAGAAAAAUGCAACAACACAAAUAGUCCAAAGUGGAAACAGCAUCUCACAGUAAUUGUCACUCCUGUAAGUAAAUUAAACUUCAGAGUCUGGAGCCAUCAGACAUUAAAAUCUGAUGUCCUUCUGGGAAGUGCUGCUCUGGAUAUUCAGGAAACACUGAAAUCAAACAGCAUGAAACUUGAGCAGGUAGUAGUGACAUUGCAUCUUGUUGGUGACAGAGAGCCAGCAGAAGUGGUGGGAGAUUUAUCUGUCUGUCUAGACGGGAUGCAGGUGGAUCCUGAGCUCCUAACCAAUGGGGAUGCCUCAACUACAAGAAGUCCCACACAGAAUGAUAGCUCCAGAGUACGGAGCGAUACACGGACUAACUCCAACAGCCUGGAAAGCUCUGAAGAUGCUGCUGCCAGUGAAAACAAGACUGUUAAUGGCAGUGAUUCUCCAUUGCUCACCAAUGGGAACUGCAAACCUUCUCGACCUCCCAGGCCUUCCAGACCACCUCCACCCACUCCCCGCAGACCCCCUUCAGUAGCAGCAAGUGUCAAUGGUCCUUCAUCCACGUCCACAGAGAAUGAAGGGGCCAGUGCAGGCUCACUGGCAGGCACAGCUGCAAAUACAUCUCCAGAACAGAGCCCUGAGGGGGCAACAGCUGCAACUACAGCUCCUGCAACAACAGCUCCUGCAACUCCUGCACUCACCACACCUCCAGUAUCAAGACAAGUCCAACCAGUAAAUCCUCCACCUCAGGCACUUACCACAGUCAGUCAAGGUCCUCUUCCACCUGGCUGGGAGCAGAGAGUAGACCAACAUGGCCGAGUCUACUACGUGGAUCACGUGGAGAAAAGGACGACGUGGGACCGGCCGGAGCCUCUUCCUCCAAGCUGGGAGAGAAGAGUUGACAACAUGGGGAGGAUUUACUACGUUGACCACUUCACCAGGACGACGACGUGGCAGAGACCCACCCUGGAGUCUGUCCGCAACUACGAGCAGUGGCAGCUCCAGCGCAGCCAGCUGCAAGGGGCUAUGCAGCAGUUCAAUCAGAGGUUUAUUUAUGGGAACCAGGACUUUUCAUCCACACAGAACAAAGAGUUUGAUCCUCUUGGCCCUCUGCCACAUGGAUGGGAGAAGAGAACUGACAGCAAUGGCAGAGUGUAUUUUGUCAACCACAACACACGAAUCACUCAGUGGGAGGAUCCCAGGAGUCAGGGCCAAUUAAAUGAGAAACCUUUGCCAGAGGGCUGGGAAAUGAGAUUUACUGUGGAUGGCAUUCCUUAUUUUGUGGAUCACAACAGGAGAACCACUACCUACAUCGAUCCCCGCACGGGCAAGUCUGCUCUAGACAACGGGCCCCAGAUAGCUUACGUGCGUGACUUCAAGGCCAAGGUCCAUUAUUUCAGGUUCUGGUGUCAGCAACUGGCAAUGCCACAACACAUAAAGAUCACAGUGAGCAGGAAAACAUUGUUUGAGGACUCAUUUCAACAGAUAAUGAGCUUCAGCCCCCAGGAUCUCCGGAGACGUUUGUGGGUUAUUUUCCCUGGUGAAGAAGGCUUAGAUUAUGGAGGUGUUGCAAGGGAAUGGUUCUUUCUAUUAUCACAUGAAGUUUUGAACCCAAUGUAUUGCCUGUUUGAAUAUGCAGGGAAAGAUAACUACUGCUUACAGAUAAACCCAGCCUCUUACAUUAACCCAGACCAUCUGAAAUACUUCCGAUUUAUUGGGAGAUUCAUUGCCAUGGCAUUGUUCCAUGGGAAAUUCAUUGACACUGGUUUCUCUUUGCCUUUCUAUAAACGGAUCCUAAACAAGCCAGUGGGACUCAAGGAUUUGGAAUCUGUUGACCCAGAGUUUUACAACUCUCUCAUCUGGGUAAAAGAGAAUGACAUUGAAGAAUGUGGCUUGGAAAUGUUUUUCUCUGUUGAUAAAGAAAUCCUGGGUGAAAUCAAAAGCCAUGAUUUGAAGCCAAAUGGUAGCAACAUACUAGUCACAGAAGAAAACAAAGAAGAAUACAUCAGGCUAGUAGCAGAAUGGAGACUUUCCCGAGGUGUUGAGGAGCAGACACAGGCUUUCUUUGAAGGCUUCAAUGAAAUUCUGCCACAACAGUAUUUGCAGUAUUUUGAUGCUAAGGAACUGGAGGUGCUUCUGUGUGGAAUGCAAGAAAUUGACCUGAAUGACUGGCAGAGGCACACCAUCUACAGGCACUACACCAGGACCAGCAGACAGAUUGUGUGGUUCUGGCAGUUUGUCAAAGAAAUAGACAAUGAGAAGAGAAUGAGACUCUUGCAGUUUGUUACUGGAACGUGCAGAUUGCCAGUGGGAGGAUUUGCUGACCUCAUGGGGAGCAAUGGACCCCAAAAAUUCUGUAUUGAAAAAGUUGGAAAGGAAAACUGGUUGCCUAGAAGUCAUACCUGUUUCAAUCGCUUAGACCUUCCACCCUAUAAGAAUUAUGAGCAGCUGAAGGAGAAGCUGCUGUUUGCCAUUGAGGAAACAGAAGGAUUUGGGCAAGAGUAGCUGGAAUUUGCACCUCGGAGAACGUGAGCUCAACGCGACGCACGUUCUUCACUCCUGCUUGUUGCACACUUCAUUGUAAAGUAGACUUGACUUGGAUUUAUUUAACAGUACUAAUGUGUAAGUGAAUGGAUGUAAUCCUGAGGUUGUCUCCAAAUUAACUCUGGAUUCCUACUGAGCACUUUUCAGAAAUCAAAUGAGCAAUCAGAUGUGGCUACAGGUGACUUAUUACGGCCUAUGUAGAGGUUUAAUACAGCUUUGGGCUCUGCUUCGUUGUACCAUUCAUUAAUUAGAAUGUGUCCUUUAAUGACUGACAGGUUUUUAACAAUAGUUUUGUCUUUCCUUUUUAGUAGCAUUUUUUGCUACUGAUGCACUGGGAAGUUCAUUGGUAGCUGCAAUGCUGCAGCAGCAUCCUAAGCCUCUUUGCAGCAGAGUUAGUCCAGCCAGCUUGUAACCAUCCUCUCUAGACUGUGAGCAAAUCCAUUCUGUAAGCUCUUUUUACUAACUCAAGUGUGGCCAGACUGUUGGUUUGUUGUCUUUGUUUUUUUGUUCCCCCACCCAGAGUCUGCUCACAUGCCAGCUGGACUCAAGCUGCUGCUAAGGGGAUGUCAAACUGUGGCACAAAUCCAGGGCAUAGCUUCGCUUUGUUUGCUUUGGGGUUGUGUUCUUCCCUUUUUUAGCCCGAUCCUGCUGAUUUCAGCAAAACAAAGACCCCUGCCCAAAGUUACUGGAACACUGCUGUGUGCCCUCAGAAGAGUGCUGAGCUUUCUUCCCUGUGUCACAUAUGUAACCUUGACAUCAAUACUAACACUGUGGUACUUCACUUGUCCUGCAAAAGCCAAGGCCAGCUGGGAUGGCACUGACUCCAGCGGGGCUCCUGGGUUCCAGGCCGGUGUUCCUCGUCGGCAGUGGCAGUGGACCUUCUGCUCAGUGUUACUAUUCUUACAUGUUGCAGUCACUUGGCUCUGAAGACUUUUCUUGGGCUCUCAGGAAAGAGGUACAAAAACCAACUGGAUUCAGACAAAAUGAUGAGACUCGAUGGCUUUUGUUGCUGAGAGGCGAUUCUGGCUGAGGCUCUGAGGAUUAGAGAGCUCAGACACCCAUUCCAGCUGUUGGUAACAGCUGGAGCAUCAGUAAAGAGUUCUGUAAAGACUGAAACUAAAGUUUUGGGGGGGAAGGUUUCUAAGAUAAUUCAUCCUAAGCUGCUUGUAGCUAAGUAACUUUUGUAGUGAGUUCCUGUUGGAUUAAGACCAUUUUUACUUCAUUUUAGAAUCAGUUCUCUUCUGGUUUACAGUAACAUGUUUUGCAUUUUCCUGCUCCUUUAGACUGAAUGCACUUUCUGGGCAUGGUCAGCUCUUUCCCUUGUCUGAAGGGAGGAAAACAAACUUCAAUGAGAUGAGCUGUUAGCCAUAGUGAGAGAGGUGACACUUGAAGUAGCAUGUAGCACAAUAACUAAAGCAUAACUGCAGCUCAGAGCCUUGGGCCAGGAGCUGUUUGUAAGAGGCUUCUAGUUAAGGGAGCUGAAAAAGGACAGUGAGAAACUGUACAACUGAGCUUCCAGGCUUGAAAAGGAUAUUUCUUACUUGCUGUCCCUUCUGUUUAGACUGUAAGGGGUGGAAAAGACCAGAUUCAGGCCUGAGAAUCACCAAAACAGAGUCUUUAACUGCUUCCAAGAGUUUUUGAGGUCAUACCAAAAGUGGUAGGAGCUCAUUGGAAGGCAGCAUGGUUAGACUUCAGUGUGAUCAGCUCUUUCCACGUGCACACUCUUAAGUUAGGCAUGGAAAGGAGUUGCUGACGGUGUAGAAACCACCCUCUUAC